CUGACCUUCCAUGUAUCAAUUUUACUUCGUUCAUCUUAUCUAUUUAUUUUACUUUUGCUUAGCGAUAUUUGUCCAGGCUGUUUAAACAUAGUCGGGGUCAACUGUAGAAGAUACAUGUUUAUGUAAAUAGUGAGUGAAAGGGAAUAUAUUAAAAAUGUCUGAACAGCAGGAUACUAAAUGGAAAGCGGAGUUUAAGAAAGAUGUCGUGUAUUUACACGUGAUUCCCAGAUCACGUGCACGUGCUGUGGUUAAUAUAUCUCCAUACGCCAUUAAACUUGAGUUAUGGCUGAGAAUAAACAAUAUACCAUUUGAGACGAUUGAUUGUCAAGCAUUUUCCAAAAAAGGUCAAAGUCCUUUUAUAAUGUUUAAUAAGGAAGAAAUACCUGACAGUAAUUUUAUCAUCGAGUUCCUCAGUGAAUAUUUCAGCGUAAAUCCAUUUCCAGGUUUAAACGCCACAGAGAAAGCAGUCGCACGUGCAUUCAUAAAAAUGGUCGAGGAAAAUACGUCAUGGCCAAUUUUCAUCUAUCGUUAUGUAGAGAACAUAGACGAAUACUCGGAAUACUUCUCACCAGAUCAGCCAGUCGAAGUUAGAAAACAAAUUCUAGGAAAACUACAAGAAUGGGUAGGUAAACGUGCACAUGGUCACGGUAUAGGGCGUCAUUCUAGUGAAGAGGUUCAGAAAGUAGGCUGUGACGACAUUCAGGCCAUUUCGGAUUUCCUCGGACAGAAAAAAUUUAUGAUGGGUGAUAACCCAACAGUGGUGGACUGUUCUGUGUUUGGUGUUCUAUCACAAGUUGUUUAUGUUCCUAUGGGAUAUCCUAUGAGGAAAUAUAUCAUGGAAAAAUGUCCAAAUAUUUUACAGUUAUUUGACAGAUUGAAGAAUACUUAUUGGACGAAUUGGGACGAAGAGUGUAAAAUGUAAAACAGAGCAAGGUUUAACCUAGAAUAAAUUGUGAUCAAAAGA